AGGAUGAAUGCACCCACUUUUGCGGGGACUGAGAACCCCACAGCGGUGCUGGAGUGGAUGAAAGAGCUGGAUAAGAUUUUUGCGGUACUCCCACUCCCGGACCGUCAGCAGGUAUUCCUCACAGCUUAUCAGAUGAAGGAGGACGCCUCUGACUGGUGGAUUGACCACUGGGCUCGGAGGCCAGAGGCGGAGCUUCAUGCUCUCACUUGGGAGCAAAUGAAAGUGAUGGUGCGCAGCAAGUUCCUUCCUCAGAGCUUUUGGGAUAGGAUGGAGCAUGAGUUCUACCACUUGCAGCAGGGCAGCUCCACAGUGGAUGAGUAUAUACACACUUUCACCCGCAUGUGCCUUUUUGCAGGCGAUGCAGUGAACACCGAUGCCAAGAAGGCCCGCAAAUUUCUCAAGGGGCUCAAUCAGAGGAUCCGUGAACUAGUGGGAAGUCACGGACUGAUGUCCUAUGCAGAUACCAUGAGUCGGGCUCAGGAGGUCGAGAGUUGUCUCAUUCCGUUAGCUCCCGUUCCUUCUUAUUAUCAUGCCUUCCAGCCAUCUCAGACCAUUGUCCAGCAUGCUCAGCCCAUCUCAUCUGUGCCGCCCGGCUCUAGUUCGGGCAAGAAGAAGUCCGACUUCCAGAACAAGAAGAAAGGAAAGAAGGGGAAUUUCGAUAGACGCGACAACCGGUCCUCCGCUGGCCAAACCUGCCCGAAAUGCGGCCGAUCCCACAGUGGCGAGUGCUUAGCUAACCAACGCAACUGCUUCAACUGCAACCGUCCGGGACACUAUGCCAAUGUCUGCC